AUGGCUCAUUUUACUAUGAUGGCCAAUUCUACCCUGGUGACAGAGUUCCUACUGGAGGUUUUUGCUGAGUCUUGGGAGCUCAGAAUCCUACUUAGUGGUGUGCUGUUCCUACUGCUGUACCUGGGCAGCCUGUUAGGGAACCUUACCAUUAUCAUUGCUACUACAGUUGACCAGACACUGAACACACCCAUGUACUUCUUCCUCAGGAAUCUUUCCAUUGUAGACAUGUGUUACGUUUCUGUCACUGUCCCAAAUGCUUGUUUCAACUCUUUCACUGACAACAGGAACAUUUCUGUGGCUGGGUGUGCAGCACAAGUCUUUUUGAUCUUCUCAUGUGCAUGUAUAGAGAUGCUUUUUCUUACCAUUAUGGCCCAGGACCGCUAUGUGGCCAUCUGCAAACCUCUCCUCUACCCUGUGAUCAUGAACCACCAGUUCUGUGUUCAGACGACACUGGCUUCCCUCCUUAUUUCUCUCAUCCUUGCAAGUGUACAUACUUUCCAAACAUUCCAGCUUUCUUUCUGUCAUGCCAAGGUAGUUCCUGAGUUCUUUUGUAAUAUCCCCUCUUUGUUGAAGCUUUCAUGUUCAGAUACCUUUAACAACAAACUCUUAGUGCUUCUCUCUGCUAUUGUCAUUGGUUGUAGCUGCUUUACGUUCAUUGCUAUAUCAUAUGUUCGGAUAUUAUCAACUGUGUUGAAGGUUCCUGUCAAAGGAGAGCGAGGGAAAGCCUUCUCAACCUGUGUCCCUCACAUUGUUGUGGUGUCUGUGUUUCUUAUUUCUGCUGCCUAUGUGUAUCUAAGACCUCCAGUAGUAACAUUAGAAAUAGUUAAGGAAAUUACACUUUCUGUGUGUUAUACUAUUGUUCCACCAUUCUUAAAUCCUAUCAUCUAUAGUCUUAGAAACAGACAGAUAAAGGAGGCUGUGAAGAAAGUAAUGUUAAGAAUUUCUUUCAUAUUUGAAUAUAAGAGGAAUGAGUAUUUUUCAGAUUUUUCUAGAGGAAGGAAACUAACAAAUUAA